AUUUUUCUCUGUUUUCUAUCCCAAGCCAUAUGCUAACACAGAAGCAGAGGCUUCCCUCACUCGAUGUGCAGAGCGUUCACGUUCUACAUUGACUGCACAAAGCCUUUCAGGAAGUUGAACCAGCUGUUUGUGGUGGUGGCGGCAGACCGGAUGAAGGGGCUUCCGGUCUCACAACACAUCUCUUCCUGGAUUACAGACUGCAGCCGUACCUGUUAUGGCCUCACCGAGGUCACAACCCCAGCUAGAAUGGCCCACUUGACACGAGCUCAAGCCUCGUCCACUGCUUUCCUGGUCCAGGGGCCUAUCCAGGAGAUCGGCAGAGCGGUGACCUGGUCCUUGGUGCCUACCUUUGCUACCCACUCUGCCAUGACCCAGCAUGCUGGAGAUGCUGCAGCUCCUGCUAGAGCACUGCUCCAGUCAGAGUCCUUAACUCUGCCCCCACCCCCUGCUAGAACUUGGGAGUCACCUGAUUGGAAUCAACAUCAGCAAUCACUCAAAGAAAAGACGGUUACUCACCUUCUCGUAACUGUUGUUCACGUCCAUUCCCAGACCCACCCUCCAUCCCCUCAGUCGGAGUAACCAGCAAGAAGGAACUGAAGGGGGGUCGGGUCGGGUCGGCAGGGUCAUAUAUUGAGCGCCAUGAAGGCGCCACUCCGGGCGGCUCCAAGGCCAACCCGCUGGGAGCUGCCGAGGGAAAAAAGUUUCCGAGAACCGUGCCGGUGGCGUGUGCACACCUGAUUUGGAAUGGAGGUGACCACCACCUCGCAGAACAACAGUUCCAAGAAAAUGACGUCCCGGGACCGUGUGCCUCUCUCCAAGUCGCGGGCGGAGAAGUCACGCCCCCCAACAGUACCCAUCCCUCAAGUGGAUAUCGUCCCAGGGCGCCUUUCUGAGUCAGAAUGGAUCUCCCUGGUCACCAUGGAGGAAGGAGAGGAUGGAGUGGGAGAUAUCCUGGAAGGGAUGAUAAACCAAGUGAUGGAUGAGUGCUAUAAAGUGUACUUGGCUCGGCAGUGCAUCCCGUUCACCAUCAGCCAGGCACGGGAUGCUAUCCUGCAGAUUGCCGAAUGGCGCUUCCUGGUGCGAGAUGAGGGGGAGGCCACCGUGGAAGAAGAUACCACCUGGCAGGAGGAGGAAGAGCCAGUGGCCUGUGUCACAGACUCGUGGGCACAGGGCUCAGUCCCCGUCAUGCGAACCAGUCUGACCCUGUUCCCGCAGGAGAGAGAGGUGUCUUUGGACAAACUCCCUGAGGAAACAGUUUUCCAUGAGGAGACGUGGCCCUCCACAGGAUCCCCCGAGGUGCCAGCAACCCCCCCCUCAGAACUGCCUUCUCAAGAGAGGGGGGUCAAGUCUUCAAAGUCAUCCAAGCCCCAGAAUCUGCUUCCCCAGCCAGCCCCGCCCCCCCCGCCCAAGACCAGAAAAGUAUACAGGGCCCAUCGAGGGCUGCUGCGUUCAGCCAGCCUGAAGAGCAUGGCCAGGCCCCUACAGGAGACCGAGAAGGAGCUGCUCUGGCAGCCGCUCUCACAGACCCUGCCUGAGGAAUCACCGCAGGAGGAUCUUGGCAGCCUUCACCAGCUCCUGCCCAUGUCAUGCAGCAACCUGCUGAAGAUCCAGAUGGGCAGGCCCCCCAACAUCAAGGGUGUGACGUACGAUGAAUUUGGUACAGUCAUCGCCAUGCCCAAGCUGGACCCAGCCCGUCUACCCAAGUGCUGGAUCAAGCCUCAGGUGGAGGUGCUGGAUCCAGAUGUUGAGGCCAAGCGGCAGGAAGUUCUCAGAACCGUCUCAGGGCGUGGCCAGAGGAGUACGAAGUCCCACAGCCGUGCAGCCCAAGGGCCAGGGCUAGGAGAGCUCAUUAGUGCUAAGCUGCUCCAGGACACGGGGCCCAUGCUGAGUGGUGGGCUAGCCCAGGCUUUCUGUCCAAGCCAUGCAGACAAGAGAGCACAGCAUUUGCCUUCCACAGGGAAAAGCCUUGAACCCAGCAGCCAUGUCUCCUGGAAACCCAGCAACCUGCUGGACUCCAUUGAGCUGGCCCCAGGAGUGGCAGUCAGGGACAGCAGCAGUGUGAAGUGUGGGCCCCACCAUGGGGCACUCUAUGAAGAGGGAGAGGAAGGGGUCUUCCAAGGAAAGCUCAGGCCCAUCCGCCCCAGAGUGCCACUGCCCACGGUUGCUGUGGAGCAGCUCAUCCGUGAUCACAUGCCCCAUGUCCGGCCAAUAGCUCUGCUCAGAUCGCUCCUGUCAUCGGGGCCAGAGCACUUGAACAGGAUUGGAUCUUUGUGUCCUAGGAGCUGCAAAUUUAUCAAGCCUCCCUACUCCAUCCCUAAGGCUAGCUCAGAUAAGGCGGAGGAAAAAAAAGACGUGAGACGAAAUGUUCUCAGACAUCAUGGAAGUGACCCGCAAUGAAAGAGCUCAUCUGAAUGAGUGGAAGGAUGUGGUAUCCAAUUACAGGAAAGAUGCCAGUGAAUGUGAGGACAGGAGGGACCAAUGUGAGGAGAGGAGGGACGCUCGAGAUGAGAGGUGGCGGCAGGAAGAUCAGUGGUGGCGGGAUGCAACGCUGGGGCUACUGCGUGAUCAAACUGACAUCCUCCGACGUCUGGUGGACCUUCAGGAACAGCAGCAGGGUCACAGAGUGCCGCUGCAGCCCCUGUGUAACCACCCUCACCACUCACCGUGUUCCAUAUCUUCCUCACCCAGCCGUGUAAGAACGCGUGGGGGAAGGCUUCAUGCACCCGCCCACUCCACUCCCGUGGACAGCCCAACCAAAAGGCUGUCAUUACUUUGAAAUAUUUGUAGUAGCCUUUUCCUUCCCUUCUAUCCUCCUCCCAAACCACACCCGAGAUACCUUGUCAUUUCUCUCCCUCUUUUUAUAAUGACUUUUUAAUAAAGAAUACAUGAUUUUU